CAGAUACUCGCCGCAUGGGUCUUCGCUGACCGACGGCGAGUCAAUGACUUCUCGUCAGUCUGAUCUUGAUUUCUCUUUGCAGGAUAAAUGGGCUAGUACUCUCCUUUCUGAGAUCACUUUGUAGCCACCAACCACAUCUGCUAGCGGUCAACAAUUCUCGCUCAUAGGUCUUGAUCACGAUGAGAACUUGCAUUCUACUGGCUGCCCUUGUGGGCACUGCCAUGGCCCAAUCGGCGACCAUGUCAGUACCUCCAUGGCAGACUGGCGUCGUUACCGAGGACGGCACUUGCGGAGAUGCAAGUGGCUUCGUGUGCUCGCCGACCUGGGGCGCGUGUUGCUCCAAAGACGGCGUCUGCGGUCGGUCAACCGCCUUCUGUGGCGAGGGAUGCCAGUCAAAGUUUGGCAACUGCAAUGCCCCUACCAAGCCGCCUCCCGGGCCGGGCAGUCCUUCCCCUGACGGCUCCUGCGGCGGCACCAACCAGUUCAACUGCACAGGCACGUCGUUCGGAGACUGCUGCUCGUCGAGUGGGUUCUGCGGCUCGACAUCGGCGCACUGCGGCGUGGGAUGCCAGUCUCCGUUCGGCACAUGUCGAGACUCUGGCAACGUCUCCCCCGACGGCCGGUGCGGAUCAGCCGGCGGGAACAAGGUGUGCCCGGAGUCCGGCUUCGGCAGCUGCUGCUCCAGCAGCGGCUUUUGCGGAGACUCGACCGGGCACUGCGGAGCCGGGUGUCAGUCUGCCUUUGGCACCUGUACCGGCGGCUCUGAGUCCGGCAACAUCUCGACGGACGGCGAGUGCGGCAGCAAGAACGGCAAAACCUGCAAGGGCUCUGCGUUUGGAGACUGCUGUUCGUCCAGCGGCUUCUGUGGUGCCACGACCGGCCAUUGCGAUGCUGGCUGCCAGGCAUCCUUUGGGACAUGUUCUGCUCCGUCCAACGUCACCACCGAUGGAUCCUGCGGCAAGGCCAAUGGCUUGAUCUGCACCGGUGCCGGGUUUGGGGACUGCUGCUCUGGCAGCGGCUAUUGUGGCAAUACCACUGCGCACUGCAGCGCAGGUUGCCAGUCUGGCUUCGGUACCUGUGUUACCGGCGCCGGCACUAUCUCCACUGACGGCACCUGCGGUCCGGCCAACGGUAAUAAGAUUUGCAAGGGCUCGGGCUUUGGCGACUGUUGCUCUUCGAGCGGUUUCUGCGGCGGCUCGACGACCCAUUGUGGUGCAGGUUGCCAGUCUGACUUUGGGACCUGCGACACGGGAGCCGGUUCCAUAUCCACAGACGGUUCGUGUGGCGCGAAGAAUGGCAAUAAGAUCUGCAAAGGGUCUGGCUUUGGAGAUUGCUGCUCCUCUAGCGGGUUUUGCGGCGGUACAAGCAGUCACUGCGGAGCGGGCUGCCAAUCUGCCUUUGGCACAUGUGAUAGCGGCUCCGGCGGCAUCUCGACCGACGGAUCCUGUGGCAGCAAGAAUGGCAAAGCUUGUAAGGGAUCUGGAUUCGGAGACUGCUGUUCAUCGAGCGGUUUCUGCGGUUUCACGACCGGCCACUGCGGGGCUGGUUGUCAGUCUACUUUCGGCACAUGUGAUACUGGCUCCGGUGGCGUCUCGACCAACGGGGAGUGCGGUACCAAGAACGGGAAGAGUUGCAAGGGGUCAGGCUUCGGGGAUUGCUGCUCGUCCAGUGGAUUCUGUGGUGGGAGUACUGAUCACUGUGGUGUGGGCUGCCAGUCGGGCUUUGGCACCUGCAACGCAGGCUCUGGCUCCAUCUCGACUGACGGCGUCUGUGGAACCAAGAACGGCAAGACGUGUACCGGCUCUGUCUUUGGCAACUGCUGUUCGAGCACAGGCAGUUGUGGAAAGACAGCCAACCACUGUGGCCAAGGGUGCCAAUCUGGCUUCUCAAGCUCCUGCAUCACGAACAAUAUCCCCACUGUGGAUGGGUCCUGCGGCUCCAGCAAGGGUGGCUUCACUUGUGCUGGCGGAGACUUCAACAACCAGUGCUGCAGCUCGGGCGGAUUCUGUGGCACAACGACGGGCCAUUGCGGUUCUGGGUGCCAGAAAGGUUUUGGGCGUUGUAAUUAGAAUAUUUCUGGAGUUGGGAACAAGUGUCUCAUGUCAGAAUGGGGCAGAAUGUCGAUAUGCUUUCUACAAACAACAGGAACAAGGUCUUCGUCGUGCCCGAAAAGAGAACAUGGCCUUCCGAGAAGACGAGUAUGUUACAUUGCGUACGUAUUCAAGUAUCGUGGCAUUACCUGGGCUCGGUGCUUAAGCGUAGUUGGUAGCUCCUGCCUUGGAAAAUGAUGCGUGCACAGUGCGAAGCACAAGAUGACGCCUUCCUUGUUGCUGUGUCAAGCUCGGAGUUAGACCCAUUCCGCCGAGCUCCACAGUACAGUCUCCUAAAUAUCGCACCAAGCAUC